UCACGAGGCCGUUGUGGGGGAGGAGCCAGCGGCCGGGGAGGUUCUAGUCUGUUCUGCCUCGCGGCAGCCGCCCCCUUCCACUUGGUCACGUUGUGCCGCGCCCGGGCCUCCGCAGCCGCCCCUCGCCUCCCGCCUCCCGCCUCCCGACCAUGGAUCCCCGCAAAGUGAGCGAGCUUCGGGCCUUCGUGAAGAUGUGUAAGCAGGAUCCGAGCGUCCUGCACACCGAGGAAAUGCGUUUCCUGAGGGAGUGGGUGGAGAGCAUGGGAGGUAAAGUACCACCUGCUACUCACAAACCUAAAUCAGAAGAUAAUGUCAAGGAAGAAAAAAGAGAUAAUAAGACAGAGGAGAGCAUAAAGACAGAUGAACCAUCAAGUGAGGAGAGUGAUCUAGAAAUUGACAAUGAAGGUGUAAUUGAGCCAGACACUGAUGCCCCUCAAGAGAUGGGAGAUGAAAAUGGAGAGAUAACUGAGGAGAUGAUGGAUCAAGCAAAUGAAAAGAAGGGGGCUGCCAUUGAAGCCCUAAAUGAUGGUGAGCUGCAGAAAGCAAUUGACUUAUUCACUGAUGCCAUCAAACUAAAUCCUCGCUUGGCUAUUCUGUAUGCCAAGAGAGCCAGUGUGUUCGUCAAAUUACAGAAGCCAAAUGCUGCUAUCCGAGACUGUGACAGAGCCAUUGAAAUAAACCCUGAUUCAGCUCAGCCAUACAAGUGGCGAGGGAAAGCACACAGACUCUUGGGUCACUGGGAAGAAGCAGCUCAUGAUCUAGCCCUUGCCUGUAAACUGGAUUAUGACGAGGAUGCCAGUGCAAUGCUAAAAGAGGUUCAACCUCGGGCUCAAAAAAUUGCUGAACAUCGGAGAAAAUAUGAGCGAAAACGUGAAGAGCGAGAGAUAAAAGAAAAAAUAGAAAGGGUGAAGAAGGCUCGAGAAGAGCAUGAAAGAGCACAAAGGGAAGAAGAAGCCAGAAGACAGUCUGGAGCUCAGUUUGGCUCUUUUCCAGGUGGUUUUCCUGGGGGAAUGCCUGGUAAUUUUCCUGGUGGAAUGCCUGGAAUGGGAGGGGGCAUGCCUGGAAUGGCAGGAAUGCCUGGACUCAAUGAAAUCCUCAGUGACCCUGAGGUUCUUGCAGCGAUGCAGGAUCCAGAAGUCAUGGUGGCUUUUCAGGAUGUGGCCCAGAACCCAGCAAAUAUGUCAAAAUAUCAGAGCAACCCAAAGGUUAUGAAUCUCAUCAGUAAAUUGUCAGCCAAGUUUGGAGGUCAAGCAUAAUGUCAAACAGAGCCCUUGCUGAAUGAAGAGCAGCUUAGCUCACUUACUGGAUGUUGCAAUAAUACAAACCAGUGUACCUCUGACCUCAUCAGGAGAGCUGGGGUGCUUCGAAGACUAUCCCUACCCUUCUGCAUCAAAUGCGGCGGAAGCAUUUUACAGUGGUUUGCCAUUAGGGUCUUCAUUCAGAUAAUGUUUUCCUGCUAGGAAUUAUAAACACUUUUCAACCUUAAACAUAUUUUUUAAAAAAUUUAGGGGGUAUUAAUCCCUCCAUUUUUCUUUACUUAUCUUUUUGGGUUUUUCCUUUGAAUUACUGGGCAAGGAAGCUGAAUAUGGUCGACUUACUGCUCUCAUGAAUGGAAAUAAAGAUUUGUUAGUGGGAAGUAAAUAAAACUCAUUUAAGUUGAUUGAGUUGGACAUAUGGUUACUAAAGCAUCUUGAUUUGUCUUUUUUUAAUGUUUUAUUUCAAAAUGGUCUGCUUCAGUGAAUUUCUUGGGACCACCAGUAUUUGGAUCUGACCUGGGUAGAACUGAAAUGUUGGACAGAGCAGCAGCAAGUCCUAGGUUUUGUUUGACCUUGUGUAAGCUCCAUUUAAAUCUUACACUGUGCUGCAGGGGCGAUUUUUAUUUUUAGGCAUUGCAGUGGAGUUAGAAUCCCUAGUUCUGCCAUUGUCCACUGUUUCACAUAAAUGUUCCCUAUCAUUCCCACAUAGAGGAAAAAGUGCUUUCUAUGUUUCUGUCAAAAAUUACCUUUCCUGUUAGAAAAUACCUGUCUGCUUGUCCUCUUGAUCUUCUUGUUGAGCUAAAAGUAUUUUUUUCACUAGCAUCAUCACUUUGCAACAUAAUUGUGGAAGCAUAUUUAUUGCUAGUUUAAUUUCAUAUAUAGUAAUAUGGUCAUUGUAAGGUCAUACCUGGAACAGCUGUGGUAUCUUAUUGGACCAUUGGGUUGCUUGUUUGAAUAUUAAACUUUGACACUUGUGAACUCCUAUCAUAUCAGGAGUCUUUGGAAGAGAGCUUCCCUUUGGUUUUAGGUUUGCUUAUGAAAUUGAGAAACAUGCGAUUUUAGAGUUGAUGUUGAAGUAUACAUCUUUGUAUUUUGAAGAGUUUAAAUUGUUUACAUAUGAUGAAAGAUUGAUUUGUCCUAUUUAGCUCUUAAAUACUGCAAUGUAUUUAAUGCUUGUUUUCUCUCCUGCUGCAAGGAUAAAGAAAAACGAUAAAUCCACAGAGUGCAUAUUUAAAUUAACACGUCUGAAAUCAUAUGUCUAUGCAGGUUUUAACUGCUUCAUACAGCAGACACAGAUGUAUCUUGUUACAUGUAAAAAGAAGAUGUAUUUGGACAGAGCAUGUGUUUAAAGUCCUUGAUAACCAUCACAUAUUCUUAAAUUUGAACUUUGCACGGUG